CAGACUCUACAAUGGCACAGAUACAAAGAAGAGUCCUAUAUCUAUCUCUAUGUAAAUAACUGCUCAAUAUUAUUUGCAGAUCAGUCAGUCAAAAUGUACCCAUGAUACAACACGGUUUUGACGCGCUUGAACACUGCCAUUAGGUGGGAAGGCCACUGUUUGCAAUGGGACAUAUGUUUAAUCGAUGAAUCUAUUGUUUAGUCGUGUUAUUGAUAUAGUAAUAAAGCUGUCACGUCAAUGCAACCUUUAAUAUUAUAAAUGCCUGUGCAUGCGUUUCGGAUGUUUAUUUUAUUUUUUACAGACGAUGGAUUAUCAGCUUCUAAUGUAGUCAUUGCUGGAGAGGUGAGGAGCACAUCAGGUGCCCAGUAACUAUAUCUAGCAUAGCCUCUGAUAACAACAACACUAAGCUAAUAUUUAACAUUUUGGUGGUCGUCGUCUAGCAACGUCUUUUGCAACAACAACAAAAAUCACGGCAGUCAUUGUUUACAAUCUCGCUCGAGCCUUGAUUUGUGCUUUAUUUCGCAACACGAGAAGGUUGUCAUUUUCUCGUAGCUAUUGCAUGGACAUCGUGAUGCGCGCGCCUUGCGCACAAUGUUUAUAUUGGUGAAUUCUCGUGAUAGUCUAUGAUUUGAUUAGUUUAUUUGCGUUAAUACCAACCACUCUUCCUCGAAUGUCUAUGGAGGGGGACGAGGGAAACCGUGACCAAUCGUCACGAGAAGAGUGGACACUCCUGUUUUGGACCUCUCUCGCUGUCGUAGUGCCCGUGAUCAUUACAUUGUGGUGCAGUGUCCAACGCUCCAAACGGAAAAUACACAUGAAAGACUUCUUCCGCAAGAGCAAGCACGGUUGGCACUGUACCGACCUGUUCAACAAGCCCACCUACUGCUGUGUAUGCCAACAACACAUUCUACAAGGGGCGUUCUGCGACUGCUGUGGAGUGUGCGCCGACGAGACAUGCCUGCGUCUGGCCGACCGGAGCCUUGUGUGCAAAGAGAUUAUGGCUCCGUCCCAAACGGAUGGGACACUAGAGCACCGCUGGGUCCGAGGAAACGUCCCUCUCUGCAGUGUCUGUGCGGUCUGCAAGGAGCAAUGUGGGAACCAACCGAAGCUGUGUGACUUUAGGUGUGUGUGGUGUCAGACCAUGGUGCACGACGAUUGCAAGGCCAGCCUGUCGGACGGGAAGCGCUGUGAGCUGGGCGAGUUCCGCAGCCUCAUCAUCCCCCCUCACUACCUUCACCAUGUCAACAAGCUCCGCCGCAGGCAUCCUGAUGAGUACAGCAAGCUGGCGUCUGCCUGCGGGAGCAGCUGGACUCCAGUGCUGGUCCUGGCCAACACUCGCAGUGGGAACAACAUGGGGGAGGCUCUGCUUGGAGAGUUCCGCACCAUCCUCAACCCUGUCCAGGUGUUUGACCUGUCGGAGCUGCCUCCCUCCAAGGCCCUGCAGCUGUGCACCUUGCUGCCUCCAGGCAGUGUUAGGGUGCUGGUGUGUGGGGGGGACGGAACCGUGGGCUGGGUGCUGGAUGCCAUCGACACCAUGAAGCUCAAGGGCCAAGAUCAGUUCAUCCCCAGGGUGAUGAUCCUGCCCCUGGGUACGGGGAACGACCUGUCCAACUCCCUGGGCUGGGGGUCUGGCUACGCCGGGGAGAUCCCUGUGGAGCAGGUGCUCCGGAACAUCCUCGAAGCAGAGGUGGUCAAGAUGGACAGGUGGAAAGUUCAGGUAGCCUCAAAGGGGCUCUACUUUCGUAAGCCAAAGGUCCUGUCCAUGAAUAACUAUUUCUCAGUGGGCCCGGAUGCCCUGAUGGCUCUCAACUUCCACACCCACCGUGAGAAGACCCCCUCCUUCUUCUCCAGCCGCAUCAUCAACAAGGCUGUAUAUUUCAUGUAUGGCACCAAAGAUUGCUUAGUUCAAGAAUGCAAAGACCUGGAUAAGAGAAUUGAGUUGGAGUUGGAUGGAGAGAGAGUGGCCCUGCCCAGUCUGGAGGGCAUCAUUGUGUGUAACAUCGGAUACUGGGGCGGAGGCUGUCGUCUGUGGGAGGGCAUGGGAGACGAGCCCUACCCCCCUACGCGGCUGGAUGACGGGCUGCUGGAGGUGGUCGGUGUGUUUGGCUCCUUCCACUGUGCUCAGAUCCAAGUCAAGAUGGCCAACCCGGUGCGGCUGGGCCAGGCCCACACAGUCAGGCUGGUGCUGAAGACAUCCCGGAUGCCCAUGCAGGUGGACGGGGAGCCGUGGGCCCAGGGCCCGUGCACCAUCACCAUCACCCACAAGACCCAAGCCUUCAUGCUCUACCACAGCGCCGAGCAGACGGACGACGACGACGAAUCCAGCACCUCCGAGGCUGAGAGCUCUGCCCCCCAUGACUCUCCCAAGCCAGCAGGUCCCGCCUCUGCUCGUGCCUGAGCCCCCAAGUUCCACCACCCCAAUGUUUCGUCCAUCCCCCUCCUUUGUUCGUUGUAGUAAAUGCUGAUGACAUAAUGCCACGCUUGCACACUCCCCAGAUGAUGAUAUAAGCCAGAGCUCAGGCAUAUUCCCGCCUCAGGG